AAGUGCCAUUAUCUCUGAAUGCUGUCUACGCAUUUCUGAUCUCCCUAAAAGAAAUGGAGAGGACAGGAGAUUUUCGCUGGAAAAUAUAUUUAUUCCAUCAGAAGGUUAUCUUUCUUUCUUCAUGGAGAUCGGAUGUUCAUUAAUUGCCUUUAGUUAGAAUAGACUUUGAAAAAAUUAAUGAAUUUAUUGAGACCGUAAGCUUAACUAAAAUCGGUAGCCAGAAACGUUUGCUUUCAGUAAAUGACUUGCUAUUUAGAAAAAUAUUAGUGGCAACAAUUAGAAUAGUUUUGGUCUUGUCAAGAUGGCUUCUGAGGGAGAAAAGUCAGUAAAAACUAGCGACAAAUCUAAAAAAUUCACUCAGGAGCAAAUUAUUGCGACUUUCAAUAAACUAAGACAAGAACAGAAGACUUUAGUAUCAAGAUUAACUGAAGUUGAACAAGAUUUAAAUGAGCACAGCCUUGUUGUAGAUGCACUAAGAGAUGUUAAUCCUGAAAGAGUUUGUUAUCGAAUGAUAGGAGGGAUUUUAGUUGAAAGAACCGUUAGUAAUGUUCUUCCAGCUGUUGCUCAUAACAAAGAACAACUAUCAAAAGUUUUGGAGGUUUUAAACAAACAGAUUGAAGUAAAGGGCAAAGAAAUUAAUGAAUUUAAAGAGAAGUAUAACAUACAGAUCAGAAAAGAUCCCCCCAUAUCUGAUUCCAGUAAAGAGGAACCCCCGCAAGCAUCGUCUAGUGUUCUCGUAAAAACAGAAUCCUAGUACAAAAACUUUUUAUUUUCAUAACCUAAUUUUUUUCACCCUUGUUUUUAUAUGGCUCAUUGUGUAACUCAAAGUGUGUUUUGCACUUGUUGAAAUGUGAUGCCCAUUUGUUUUACAGAUUGCUACACUAUAUAUGGAUGCUGUUGUUUUUUUCUUCCAAUUAUUAUUAGUUAAAAUUAAGUAAAUGAUUGUUUGAAGUUCUUUAAUGGAGUUAUUUAUUAACAUAUGCUUUCUAAAUUUAAAAUGGAAAAGCUAUUAAAUUCUAAAUUUAAAAUGGCAAAACUGUUCUUGUCUUGUAAUAUAAUCUGUAUUUAAAAAGUAAACCAGCUAGCUAGCUAAAUUUGUACAAAUUGGUAUUGUGCUUAUCAAAUUGGAAAAGUGUUUCAAUUUGGCAAAUAAAUUUUUUAAUUAUUUGCAAAUAAAUUUUGAAUGUAUUUGCUUAAA